AUGUCCGGACGCAAUCGUCAACGCUACACUCAACGUAGUGGCUACACCCGCAACUCACAUGGCGACAUCGACAGGUCCUCCUCGCUUCGAGGUACGGAUGUGCCCGUUACGAAACCAUAUGAAUUUCCAUCAUUCCUCCAAGCAGGUGAACCCCCCCAACCUCUCAAUUAUUUCCACCAAGCACCAGAACUCGAAAUAGAACGUCGUGGCGACACCGCAACUAUAUCAUCUAGAUACACCUCAUCUCAAGGUCAUCUUCUCCUAGCAUCAAAUCAACAAGAAUGCGUCUAUAAAGCAAUUGCCUGGGAUCAAUGUUUCAAAACAUGUAACUUGGGAGAUCAAGGUAUUGCAAAUAAGGGAAUUUGCAUCCUUAGUCAUAAAACUGCCUGUGCCAAUUACAGAAUCGGGCAACGGGGUUGUCCGGGACUUAAGGAAUAUGCGGACCUGAAAAUAGAACCGCACCUUCAUUAUUGGGAUUAUCAUUUGGAGUUUUAUUGUGGGCAUGAUGCUGAGAAGCUUGCGGAAGAAAGAAAAAAUCGACAAUUGAAAUGGGCGCAACACUUGAGGGAGCAGGAGAGAGAUCAGAGAGAGAAUAGAGAAUUUGCGGCGAAGAAGGAUAGGGAAAUAUCGGGAGAGUUGAGCCAUUUUUAUGGUGGAAAUACUGGGGAUUUUGAUGAUGGGUUGUAG